AUGGCGCUUUUCGAGGAAGAGCGCUCGACGGAGAAGCCAUCUUCUUCUUCACCCUCAUCCUUGUCGCCCACUGCUUCUUCGCAAAGCGUUAACUACCUUGCCAAGUCUGUACCUAGAGGAAGUGUUAUCGUGCAGCAAGGAAAUUCUUGUAAGGAGUGGCUUGAGUGGGUUGCUUCCCGAUUGGACCUGGACGGACUUUCUAGACUAAUCGUGCUCCUGUGGAAUGUGUGGAACCGGAGGAAUAAAUGGGUGCAUGAUGAGGAGAUUCAAGAGGAUAGAGACGUGAUGACGAUCACUUUGGGAUUAUGUGCCAAAUUUUCGGGAGCUAACCAAGCUGAUUGCUUCACUCGCCCCCAGCAGAGGUCUUUCAAGUGCCACAAAUGGAGCUGUCCCGAUCCAAGCUAUGUCAAGAUCAAUGUAGAUGGGGCCUAUAAACCAUCGGAGAAUACUACUGUUAUUUCAGUGGUUGGUAGAGAUCACAAUGCGAUGGUUCUUGAGGGAAGAAAGCUGUCUGGGUUUGUUGGCCUUCGAGGAGGACUCUUUGCUGCAUCUCAUGAACUUCCUUCUGAAGCUAAAGAGGCGUCCAUAGAGUUGGUAGUAAUCGGUGAAGAUGGAGAUCUGUUAUCCAUUUGCAAUGGAAAGUUGUGUGCUAACGGCGGCAUAGCAGACGCACUGAACGCAAAGAUAUACGGAAACGACACUCAAACGGUGGUUCUGGCUCAUGGCUUCGGCGAGACGCAGGGUGCAUGGCAUUUCCUCCUCCCCAUGCUUGCCUUGUACUUCAAGGUGGUGGUUUUCGACAUGGUUUUCUCCCCCAACGUUGACCCUUUGCUUUAUGAUCCUCAAAGGUAUCACUCUGAUUUCAAGGCCUACGCCGAUGAUUUGGUGUGCCUCGCAGAUCGGCUGCAACUCAACCACACUGUUUAUGUAGGCCACUCCAUGGCUGCCAUGGUUGGAUGCCUGGCAGCAAUCAACAGGCCUCACCUUUUUAACCACCUUGUUCUUCUCAGUGGCUCCCCUAGGUACAUCAAUGAAGAAGGAUACGAGGGAGGCUUUACCAAAUCAGAAAUCAAAGCAGUCUACAGAAACAUAAGUGAAAAUUUCAGGGGGUGGGUUCAAAAUUUUGCACCAACAGCUGUGGGAGUGAACAAUACGGCCGCCAUAGCUGAAUUUAAUAAAAGCUUGGGGAGGAUGAAACCAGAUAUUGCGCUGAGUGCUGCUAAAGCUGUUUUCUCAAGUGACCUCAGACACAAGUUACCUCGAGUUAAAGUGCCUUGCACAAUAAUCCAAUCCAAAAAUGAUUACAUUGUUCCUCGAGCAGUAGCAUUUUACAUGAAAAGCAAGGUCGGAGGCAAUGCCAAAGUCAAGAUGCUAAAUACAGAGGGACAUUUCCCCCAUCUAACAGCAUAUAAUUUACUAUUUAGGGUUCUAAAACAAGUUCUAAUCAAGAAGUAG